AUGCAAGAAAAUGAUACUCUAAAAUCUAAUGAAACAGAUGAAGAUUCACUUAAAAAAGCAGUUGAAAUGGUUUUUAAUGAAGUCUAUAUUAAAAUUGUUCCAAAUAAAUUUUUUGAAGAUCAAAAUUUGAUGAAAUUUGAUGAAAAAUUCCAAAAAGCUAUUUCUUAUAUAACAACACCAAGAAAUUGUUCAGAACCUGUACAUAAGAUUUCUUCAAGAAAAAACUCCUUUGUUGGUUGUGUAUUUGAUGAUCCAACUGUUCUUUGGGGCGGCAAAAGCCGCCCUGUUCAAAGACGCAAACGUCAUUUAGAGGACGGUAAAAAACAGGCAUUGGUGUCUCAGCGGGCAUCAAAACAAGAUGGCCGACGUUCUAGGGCUAAAUCAGUAGAUCACGGUGUAUUUUCAAGGCCAAAUAUGUAUGCUUCUAAGAAAGGGCCAAGAUGGCAGAGAAAUAAUUCUUUGUCUAAGUCAUUUAUACGGAAUAAAAAUUUUCAAUGUCUACCUAUUGUCCCAGAUAUAACAGAAGUGAUUGUAAAUAGGCGUAGAAAAAGCCAAUACAUGUUGUAUCAAUCUUGUCGUAAAAUUAAUUUAGAUCAUUUAUGGAUGAUGCAUUGGAAAUUGAAACAUAAGAAAAAAGUAAAUAAAAAAUAUUCUACAAGACAUAUACUGUUAAGGAUGUUGUUAAAAGGUCGAAAUAAGAAAAAUAGUUGA